GUCUGUGUCAGUCGGUGUGAAAGCAUCAUCAAGGAGGAAAAAAGGAUUAAACAUCCCCGAAAAACGUCCAAUUUGUGUUAAAUAAGUGAAAUUUUAGUUGUGCUACGGGUCUCGGAAGUGUGCUGAGUUUGUGUAGCUGUGUUUAACGAUAUUGGCCGUUCUCCCUUCCAGCCCAAAUUAUAGCUUCAUUGGAGAUUACAAUGAGUAAAAUGACGAAAAACAAAUUAAAUCUAACGUUGCCUCCGGGCUCGGUAGACGUUACGGCCAGUCAGCAAACGACCCCGACGCCCUCGUUCAAGACCCCCUCGGGGACGGAGUAUGUAAUCGGGAAGCACAAUCUGCUGGGGAAGCCCAAGAACAGUAUCGAUGCGCUGACCGAGACGCUGGAGGAGCUCGAGAUCGACGAGAACGCCCGAAAGCGGAUAAAAGUGUUCCUGAGUCAGAAGGAGAAGAUCGGUGAACUGAGCGAUGAGGAUCUGGAAAAGCUCGGUGAGUUGGGUUCCGGAAACGGCGGAGUGGUCAUGAAGGUACGACACAUUCCGACCGAGCUGAUAAUGGCUAGGAAGUUGAUUCACCUGGAAGUGAAACCGGCCAUCAAGAAACAGAUUAUCCGGGAGUUGAAGGUGCUGCAUGAUUGCAACUUCCCGCACAUUGUCGGAUUCUACGGGGCUUUCUACAGCGACGGGGAGAUUAGCAUCUGCAUGGAGUACAUGGAUGGGGGUUCGUUGGAUUUGAUCCUGAAGCGGGCCGGGCGCAUUCCGGAACCGAUUCUGGCCAAAAUCACGUGCGCCGUACUGAAGGGGUUGAGCUACUUGAGGGACAAGCAUGCCAUCAUGCACCGGGAUGUGAAGCCGAGCAAUAUACUGGUUAAUAGCAGUGGAGAGAUUAAGAUCUGCGAUUUUGGAGUGUCCGGGCAGCUGAUCGACUCGAUGGCGAACUCGUUCGUGGGCACCAGGAGUUACAUGUCGCCGGAACGCCUGCAGGGUACGCACUACUCGGUCCAGUCGGACAUUUGGUCGCUCGGGCUGUCGCUGGUCGAGAUGGCCAUCGGAAUGUAUCCGAUUCCGCCGCCAGAUGCCAAAAUGUUGGACUACAUUUUCCAGGACAAGGGCGAUGACAGUUCGCCCGGGCAGAACAUAAUCGAACCCAAACCGAUGGCCAUCUUCGAGCUGCUGGACUACAUCGUCAACGAACCACCACCGAAACUGGAACACCACUCGUUCAGCGAUCGGUUUAAGGACUUUGUCGAUCGAUGCCUCAAGAAGAACCCCGAAGAGCGGGCCGAUCUCAAAACGCUAAUCAACCACGACUGGAUCAAGAAUAUCGAACAGGAGGACGUGGACAUUGCCGGCUGGGUGUGCAAGACGAUGGAUUUGCUUCCCUCCACGCCGAAGCGAAACGCGUCGCCGAAUUAGGCAGUUUUAAAUGAGAGCAGCAUGAAAAUCGAAAAAAAAUGAACGUCUCUAUGAAUGUUUAGUGAAAAAAGGUCUUAACUGUGCGUAGCUUUCUAGGCGCAUAGCGGCGUAUAGGUUAGGUGCACGGAAUUCCGGCAUCGUUCCGUGUUUGUAGUUUUUAAGUUCUAGUGAUGCAUUAUUAGGCUUUAUUUUAAUUGUGUACAGUGUAACGAUUUUUUUUAAAUAUUUCAAUCUGUGGCAUGCAUAUACUUCAGUGUAUGAGUUUUACAGUGGAGCGAGAUGCAUCAAAUGCAAUAAAACUAUGAUUCAACAUAAUAAAGUACAUUUACAAAUACAUAGUUGUCAUGAUACCUAGAUAAUACGAAUGGGUAUCAGAAUUUAGUGAACCAUGUGCAAGAACAAUUAAUCGAGAUGAGAUAGACUAGAAAAAUACCUACACAAAACAAAAGGUAAUGCAUUCCCAAUAUUCUUAAACACUCUUUACACCACCACUGGUAGAAGAAACGACCCUGGAAGGAAUGCAUUGAAAAUCUCAAGAGAUUAGUAAAUAUUUGCAGAUACGCAUCCACAUACUAUUCAGCACUUCUACAUAUAUAUAAUUACUGCACUGUGUAAGCAAGACGAUCCCAAAUUGAUGAAUCAUACUCAUCCAGCAUACAUAUGCAUUGAAUUCUUACUACACAACGUGUCGCUGGCAACACUGACGGCUGCAGACGAAAUUUGAAACAUUGAACCACGUUUGCCAUUUACAUUCAUGCAGGACAAAUGUAUUGAAAAAAAAACAGAAUAUUUUAAACUCGA